UGUGUUUUAUGUCUGCGUCACAACAAGUCACUCGGUCGAGAGCGAGAGGCAGGGAUGAUGGCGUCUCUCGCGGGUUGACUCUCGGCAGCGUCGGCGAACGCGUUCAUCGGCUGCCGUUGGGACAAGGAAAGAAAAGUGGCCGACGAGCGGGACCAUGACGAUACGUCGCGGCGAAAGACGGACAGAGAGAGAGACGGACAGACGGACGGCUUCACGUUGACGGGUUGAUUGACGCGCCGUUUGGCACGGACGCACAGCGUACACACAAACGUAGCUGGCUACAGAGACGCGAAAAAAAAAAAAAAACUGGCGAAAAGAAACGCCAGAAACAUUUCAUGUCAAGCUUUUGUAGUUUUAUCCGGUAACCCCGUGCAGAAAGGACUUCGACCUGUCAGGAUGGGGACAGUGAGCGAAGGAGAUGACGUGCUGGCUCGGUGGAGUGAUGGAUUGUUAUACCUGGGCAAUGUUAAAAGGGUCGAUGAGCUCAAACAGUGCUGCUUGGUUCGGUUUGAGGACAACUCUGAGUUCUGGGUGCUGAGGAAGGACAUUCACUCCUUCUCAGCCGUGAAAGAGGGCGUUUGCUCCGUCUGCGACGCUCCGCCUCUCAAAGAACCGCUGGUCAACUGUCACAAGUGUCGCCAUGGAUAUCACCCUCAGUGCCACACUCCCUCCAUCGAACCCGAAUCCGACUGCAACGCCUGGAUAUGCAGACAGUGUGUCUUCGCAGUUGCGACAAAGAGAGGAGGAGCCUUAAAGCGAGGACGCUUCGCCCGCCUAAUGCAGAUGAUGAAACUGCGGCUGCCCUAUCAGCUUUCAGCUUUGGACUGGGACCCUCAGCACCUGACCAAUCAGCAGCAGUGUUACUGCUACUGCGCCGGCCCAGGAGAGUGGAACCUGAAGAUGCUGCAGUGUGGCGGCUGCGGCCAGUGGUUCCACGAGGCCUGCACUCAGUGUCUGACCAAACCUCUGCUGUACGGGGACAGGUUCUACCAGUUUGAGUGCUCGGUGUGUACAAAAGGACCUGAAACCAUUAAAAGACUACCUAUGAGCUGGGUAGAUUUGGCCCAUUUGGUGCUGUAUCACCUCUCCUUGUGCUGCAAGAGGAAGUAUUUUGAUUUUGACCACGAAAUCCUCUCCUUCGCCAACGAGAACUGGGAUUCCCUGUUAUUGGGAAAGCUGUCCGACACACCCAGACAGGACCGCUGCCAGAAUCUCCUCAACGCUUUGAACUCCCACAAAGACAGGUUUGUCUCUGGGAAAGAGAUCAAGAAGAAGAAGUGUCUGUUCGGGCUUCAGGUCCGCGCUCCUCCACCCUUGACCUCUGACCUUUCACCCCUCAUCACAGAGUCCCCUGUCAGCAUCUCUCACAGGAGAAGCCCCCUGUCAGUUCUCUGUCAGAAGCGUCCAUCGAACCCGGAGUCACGGAAACCCAAGCGCCGCAUGGCGGAUACGCAGCCCCUCCCUCAGGCGGUUGCGGCCAAUCCCCGCGACCUGACCCCUUGUUGCCAUGGUUACGUGGGCGGGACCAGCCUGUUCAACUCCCGGAGACCAGAGGAGGAGCUUCCCUCUGGAUCCCCACCUAAGCGGAUGUUCGCCCUUUACCACCCCUCCUACAGUGGAACUCUGCAUCACUACAGUGUGGAGGACCCCUGUAACCUUCCACCUCCCUGCCUUCCCUUCUCUCGGUCGUCCACCCACCUGCCUGCCCAAAAAGCAGACCCCUGCGCCCCGCUCUUCCUGCGUGAUGUCACAUCCUGUCCCGGCGGGGGCGGGGGUGGGGGCGGGGGGGAGGGGCCCGCGCUGGAGAGAGGGCGGGGGGGUGGCGAGGCGUUGAGGAUUUUGGCAAGACGCGUGACACCUGAAGGGAAGGUCCAGUACCUGGUGGAGUGGGGGAAUGUGAGUGUGUGCUGAGGGAGGAAGAGAAAGAGAGAGAGAGAGAAAUGGAGAGGAAGAGGGAAAGGGAGGGCGAGAAGCCAAACUCACUUAAGAGCUCAGAUGGAUUUUUUUUUUAAAAAGCAUAAACUCUUCAGGGCUGCUGAGUUCGAAACUACAACUUGUGUGCUGAGGGGAGGGGGGGUUGGAUACAGGGAGGGAGAGGGAAAGAGAAUGAGGAGAGAGAGAGAAGAGAAAGGAAGAGAACAGAGUGCAAUGAGAGAGGAAGGAAAAGAGGAAGGGACGGAUGGGACAGAGAUGGGCUGAGAUGAGUGUAUAAGAAAGACAGGGACAUGAGAGAAAGUGUGAAGCAGAGAGAAGGUGAAAGAUUGGGAGAGAGGGAACUUGAGGAGAGGGGAAGGAUUCUAGAACCCCAGAGACAUAGAGGGUGGAAGCCAAGGAGGAGUAGAGAGAUGGAAAGAAGGAAGGAGUGUUGAUAAUGGGUAGCAUCAAGCAGAGAGGAGGACGUCCGCGCGAGUUUUAAUAUUCCCUCCUCUUCUUGUGUGACUCGGCCCUAUCCUGUGGGCCACUCUUUUUAUUUUUUUAUUUCCUAUCUGUUCAAAGUGGUCUUCGCGGUCUCUUCCACCUGACCCGUUUUUAACUCUCUUAAGUUAAAUAUUUCGUUUACACGGUUUAGCAGUGAGUUUUUAUUAUGUUAAUUGAACAAAUAAAAAGAUAUAAUUAAAUAUCAA